AUGAGGCUCUCUCUCCUGUUGUCGGCCGUCUUGGCCACCUCAGUGUACGCCGCACCGAACACAACUUCAUCUCCAUCGAGAUCUCCCACUGCUUCUUCUACCGGGUUUCCUACCAAUUUUCUAAUUGGAUCUUCUACCAAGCCUCCUACCAAGUCUCCAACCAAGUCUCCUACCAGAUCUCCUACCAGGCCCCCUACCAGGCUUCCUGCCAAGUCUACUGCCAAGUCUCCUACUGGAUUGCCUGCUGCUUCUGCAACAGGUGGGCCUCCUGGCUUCUACGACUGGGUUAAAUUGGUUGUGGACAAAGACAACAAUUGCCGAGUCAAGUUUAACUUGACUGAGUUAGGCGUGGGCACGUCCAACAAGAUAGGAAGAUACAUUCCUGCCUCGCAUGAGUGCCUCUACACUGAACAUUCAAAGCAACCCCAUUUCAGCACGAACGUCCGCAAGGACGUUUCUCUCGAUGUCUCUUUUGACUGGGUUUAUCCCGACAGUGUUUUAUGGUUGAAUGGCCACCCCAACUUUGACAGUGACAAAUGGUCAUACGCGCAAUACUUCCCGCAUUCGAAGAAGCCUGACUGCGCCGUUUGGUCCUCGCCUAAGAAUCCAAAAAAGUACUGGGUCGACUCGCGGUGCCCCUUCAACCCAGAAGAAUGGAAGAAACGCCAACCGAGCAUUACUCUGCAAGGAUGGCCCACUCCGAUCUAUGAGCCUCAUGGCCCAAUCUCAACGCAAACUCCGGUCCAUGCGGAAACUGUCCACAUCAAAGAUCUUCCAGCGAACCUCACCAAGACCGGGCCUACUUCCAACUGGGUUGGGCUUUAUAGAAAGAAUAAAGACGAUAACCGCUGCCUGGUCUGGUUCCAUAACGUGCUCGGUAAUGGAACCGAUCUCUCCGUACCCAUGGGCAUGUAUAAUGCCACAGCAGGGGAAUGUCAGGGCUUCAGUGAGUUCUACCAGAAGCUUUUAUCAAUACUUCAAUGCUGA